AUGGCUCCCGCGCAACGCUUCGUAGGGUACCCGAAAGCCAGAGAAGGACCGGCGACUCCUUACUUAGGAACAGAGGAGAACGUUCCUGUCCUGAGAGGCUGGCUACUGGUCGCUUUUGCCAACCUCAUCACCCGGUCUUCUUGGCUUGCGAGGACAACAUGGAGGGAUGCAAACUUUGGAGCUGCGAAAGACAUCCCGAGCCUCGAUGAGUACGAUUAUAGGUUCCAGCCUCUCGUGACGCCACUUUCUACAGAAGAUCCACCCAGAACACCAGAGAUCACAACUGAUUUGAUGCUGCCGCAACCCAACGACCGUGCUGGCCGUUUUUACUCGGCCGCAGACUAUCAUGAGCUGUACAAGUCGGGCAAGCUCACGCCGCUGCAAGUAGCGGAGGCUUUGUUCCCUCUGAUAUCUAGAGGGCAGAAUCCACCCGCAAAGUACGAGUCUGCCUGGGCGGUUACGCAACAGGAUAUUGCCCUUAGGGCUGCGAAGGCAUCAACUGAGCGAUACGCCAAAGGCCAACCACUCAGUGUCUUGGACGGCGUACCAUUCGGAGUCAAGGAUGAUUUGGACGUUGAAGGCUAUGUUUCGCAUAAAGGUCUCGCCUAUACGGAAAGCCAUCCGUUCUUCAGACCUGCAAAUAAGACCAUUUGGCCUGUGGCACAACUUGAAGCUGCCGGUGCUGUCAUGAUUAGCACGCUCGCCAUGCAUGAACUUGGUUCCGAUGUCAGCGGUUGCAGUCCUCGAUGGGGCACGCCAGUCAACUGGAACAACCCAUCUUAUUAUCCCGGCGCUUCUUCGUCUGGCGCUGGAUCAGCCUUGAGCGCUGGAUUGGUCCCCAUAGCAAUCGGGACUGAUGCAGGAGGCAGCAUUCGUAUACCAUCCGCGUUCUGUGGACAGUAUGGUCUCAAGCCUACCCUUCAUCGAACGCACACUAUGAAAUCCUCGAUUUGCGUCAUCGGUCCUAUGGCUUCAACGGUUGCCGAUCUCACCAUUGCCUACAGACUGAUGUCAGCGUCGAAUCCCGACGAUGCGACUCAAUCCGCAUUUGCGCCGUCCAUUCCGCCUACUCCAACUGCGAAGAAGUACAUUGGCAUCUAUGACGCCUGGUUUAACCAGGCAUCACCCGUGGUUCUGAAAAAGACCAAAGAGGCCGUUGCAUAUCUCACAGAGAAGCUCGGGUAUGAACUCAUAGAUAUUACGAUCCCCUAUUUGCAGGAAGGCCAGGCAGCGCACAGCGCCUGGGCCCUCGUUGAAUCUGUAGAUCACCAGCGCACCCGCGCUCCGCCAGGAAGCGGGCUCGAUCAUAUGGCCAUGGUCAAUCACUGCAAUAAGUGCCUUCAGACCAUGGGUGCCUUGACCUCCGGCGUGGAUAUGGUCAAGUGUGGCCAGCUCCGCGAGCUACUGAUGGGGCACCUCGCAUUCAUUUUCAAGAAGUAUCCUGGGCUUCUAAUCCUUACACCGACGGUCCCAGAUGCUGGAUGGAAAAUCCAUCCAGGCGACCAAGCUUAUGGGUUCAUUGAUGGACCCAUGACGUUCCGCACCAUGAUGUAUAUCUGGCUUGCAAAUUCGACUGGCUGCCCUGCUGUGACAGCGCCUAUCGGGUAUGCUGACCCAGAGGUAGGGGAAGGAAAGCUACCGGUAGGGCUGAUGGCCACCGGCGAAUGGGGUGCUGAAGAGCAAUUGCUGGCCUUUGCCAAGGAUGCAGAAUCCUACCUUAACGAGGCAUUGGACGGCGGCCGGAGUAGAUCCAAGGACUGGGCCGAUAUCAUCGGGUUAGCGAGCGGUAGUGUCACCGCCCAAGCCGAAUAA